AUGUCGGAGCACUACGAAGAGCCUAACUUUCGCAGCUCGAAAGGCACUUACGGCACUUUUCGCCCCGAGCAGGAUCGCCGAAGGAGACACUCCUCAUAUGAUUCGAGGUCAUGCAGGUCGUGGAACAUCGAACAUGACGAUAUACAGAUACUCGUAGACCGUUUCCUCUCCGAAUUGAACAAGCGCCUUGAAUUCAUGGAGUCUUUUGGCCACUUGCCCCAGCUCAAAUUUGACGCCGGAAUAGAGAAGGCUUAUUUCACUUUGCAAAUGGUUCGGGACUCGUGUUCGAAGGUCUCAAACGAUGUUAUUGACGCUGGGCGUCAACGUUCGCAAAUAUUCGUGGAGACUAUAGAAAAGCGAUAUAAGGAGGCGCUUGCUACAAAAGAGACCUUGGAGCAAAAAGCACACGAAGGUGUACGCUUGAUGGAGGCCAUACUAUCAGAUUUUGAGGCACGAGCAUAUGCUCUCCGGGAGGCAGGUAUUGGAUCAGUGGCACAAGACUUUCUGGAAGAAGGCCGACGCCGACUUGAUGCUGGAUAUGGCAAAGCAAAAGGCGUGGUCGAUGACGGUCUCGACAAGGCGCGUCGGGUGAAAGACAGCGUCAAAGAGAGUAUGGAAUACGCCAUAAUGCAGACUCUUGCUCGUGCCAAAGAACGUGGCCUCCUUCAGUAUGAAGACCUCCCUGAUCCUUGGAAAAACAAUCCGCACAUCAUCAACGGAUACCGAUUCUACGAAGGCAAGCUCGAGUGCGUACGAUCCAUCUUCUCCGUCUCCAACGAAUCCUUCAAUAUUUGGUCCCACCUCCUUGGCCUGCUCGCUGUGCUCUGCAUUGCCUUCUACUUCUACCCAUCUUCCGCCAUCUUCACUUCCUCUACUAAAGCUGAUGUCUUCGUCGCUGCUAUCUUCUUCUUCGCUGCCUGCAAGUGUCUGGCUUGCUCGACCAUGUGGCAUACAAUGAACUCCAUCGCCGAUCAUUGCAUCAUGGAGCGGUUUGCUUGUGUCGACUACACGGGCAUAUCUCUGCUAGUUGCCGCCAGUAUCAUGACUACCGAAUACACGGCAUUCUAUUGUGAGCCCGCAUCUCGCUGGACGUAUAUGCUCACAACUGCUGCUCUUGGCAUCGGUGGCGUUGUCCUGCCCUGGCACCCUACCUUCAAUCGCGCCGACAUGGCAUGGGCGCGCGUGUGCUUCUACUGUAGCCUUGCCCUCACCGGUUUCCUGCCUGUUGCGCAGCUUGUACUGACGCGUGGUGCAGCCUGGGCGUACUACUUUUACGCCCCCGUAGUGAAGAGUGUGUUAGUAUACUUUGUUGGCGCGGUGCUGUAUGCGAGUAAGACGCCUGAGCGCUGGUGGCCCGGCAUGUUUGACUACGUAGGUGGGAGUCAUAACAUCUGGCAUCUGGCAGUUGUGAUCGGGAUCCUGUUCCACUAUCUUGCGAUGCACGACUUCUUCCGUGAGGCUUUCCUAAGGGCAAGUGUGGAGGGGACGACGUGUUCUGCGUAUUAG